CGGGCCGCCGGCUCUGCCAACCAGUGCCCCGCCAGCGGGACCUGAUGCGCAUCCAUAUUAGCCGUCCGAGCGCAGGAAUCCGGCCCGACCCGCGCCGCCGAGUUUAUUUUUAACCAGCACCGCCGGGGACUCGGAUGGUGCGCGCACCGCGGGCCAGAAACAUCUUCCCAGCGCGGCUCUCCAUCUUCCGCCCUCUCUCCCCCCCCAUGUGGGAGGGGAAACUUGGCUCCUGCAGACUUUCGAGUGCCUCUCGGGGCCGGGAAGCGCGGAGAUGACGGCGCCCGCCCGCCCGCCGCCGCCGCCUCGAGAAACAUCCCCCAUCACAGAGGCCACCCCGUCGUCCGAAUUUUGAACUGAUGGAAAAGACUGUUCCAGAUGGCAUGGAGAGCUGCUUGUUUCCUGGCAUCUCGUUAAAAUUUGUAAUCAUUAACUGCGUUUGCUCCCUUGCAGCCUUGGGCGCAGCUCAGAGAUGCUGGGCUUGAGACCCAGGGAGGACACGGCCGAAUGCUGCGGCUCGGAGAGGGGCCACCCAGGACUUGGAGGCCCUCGGAGCACGCGCGGGCAGCUGCCCUUUCAGGUGUCCUCCGCACCUCCCAGCAGAAAGGAGAAGGUUGCUGCAAUUCUCUGCUCCAGCGGUGGUAGCUUUGAGGUGUGACCCUGCGCACAUUUGGCCCCGCAGUAAGGAGGGCAGCUUGAUAAGACGGAGAGAACAGCGUCCACGAGUAAAUACGAAGAGAAGCAGGCGCAUACUCAUUUCCUACUCCACUCGACGAUAGCUAUAGCAGAGAGCAUUUCCUAGUGUGUCAGUCGGGGCGGAAAAUGGAGUUCUAUGGCAGAGGCUUCUUAGAAGCUUAAUCCCCUGUCCCAAUGACGUCGAGGUCGCCCGUUGGCCUGGAAGGUUCAGAUCUGUCUUCCAUCAACACCAUGAUGUCAGCGGUGAUGAGCGUAGGGAAAGUCGCGGAGAAUGGCGCCAGCCCCCAGGGCGUCAAGUCCCCUGCAAAGCCUCCGGGACCAAAUCGGAUCGGCAGAAGGAACCAGGAAACGAAAGAGGAGAAGUCUUCCUACAACUGCCCCCUGUGUGAGAAGAUCUGCACUACUCAGCAUCAGUUGACUAUGCACAUCCGUCAGCACAACACGGACACUGGAGGAGCCGACCACUCAUGCAGCAUCUGCGGGAAGUCGCUGAGCUCGGCCAGCUCCCUGGAUCGCCACAUGCUGGUCCACUCCGGCGAGAGGCCUUACAAGUGCACUGUGUGUGGCCAGUCUUUCACCACCAACGGGAACAUGCACAGACAUAUGAAGAUUCACGAGAAGGACCCCAACAGCACCACGGCUGCAGCGCCCCCGUCCCCACUGAAGCGCAGGCGGCUGUCCUCCAAGAGGAAGCUGACACACGAUGCAGAGUUGGAAAGAGAGGACCCGGCCCCGGCUAAAAAGAUGGUGGAAGACGGACAGUCAGGUGAUCUGGAGAAGAACGCUGAUGAGGUCUUUCACUGCCCAGUGUGCUUCAAGGAGUUUGUCUGCAAGUAUGGACUGGAGACCCACAUGGAGACCCACUCGGAUAACCCACUAAGAUGUGACAUCUGCUGCGUCACCUUCCGCACGCAUCGGGGCCUGCUGCGCCACAACGCGCUCGUGCACAAGCAGCUGCCUCGGGACGCCAUGGGGCGGCCCUUCAUCCAGAGCAACCCCUCGAUCCCCGCCGGCUUCCACGACUUGGGGUUCACCGACUUCUCCUGCAGGAAGUUCCCCCGCAUUUCUCAGGCCUGGUGCGAGACAAACCUGCGAAGGUGUAUCAGUGAGCAGCACCGUUUCGUCUGUGACACCUGCGACAAGGCCUUCCCCAUGUUUUCCUCGCUCGUCCUGCACAGGCAGACACACGCCGCCGACCCGGGCCGGGAUAAGCUGCAGGCCGAGGCCCUGCCUGACGCCGCCCUGGACCAGAAGGUCUUCCUGGCCUGGCUGGGCCUGCAGCACACCAAAGACAGCCAGCCUGCCCCCGCCGAGGAGCCCCUGCCCGACGACAACCAAGCCAUCCAGCUGCAGGCGCUCAAGUGCCCGCUACCUCAGGACCCCGCCUGCACCAGCGUGCUGAGCCUGGCUCCUUUCGAAGCUGCUGCCCUGGGCGGUUCGCUCACGGUGCUCCCGGCCACCAAGGAGGGCGUGAAGCACCUGUCGCUGCAGCCCUUCCAGAAGGGCUUCAUCAUCCAGCCGGACAGCAGCAUCGUGGUAAAGCCCAUCUCCGGGGAGUCGGCCAUCGAGCUGGCCGACAUCCAGCAGAUCCUGAAGAUGGCCGCCUCGGCCCCGCCGCAGAUCAGCCUGCCCCCGCUCUCCAAGGCCCCUGCCGCGCCCCUGCAGGCCAUAUUCAAGCACAUGCCCCCUCUGAAGCCAAAGCCCCUGGUCACCCCCAGGACCGUCGUGGCCACGUCCACGCCCCCGCCUCUCAUCAACGCCCAGCAGGCCUCCCCCGGCUGUAUCAGCCCCAGCCUCCCCCCGCCGCCCCUGAGGCUGCUCAAGGGCUCGGUGGAGGCGGCCGCCAACGCGCACCUGCUGCAGUCCAAGUCGGCGGCCCAGCCGAGCACGGCCACGCAGCUGUUCCUGCAGCAGCCGCCGCCGCUGCGGAUGGACCAGCCCGAGAUGAAGACGCAGCUGGAGCAGGACAGCAUCAUCGAGGCCCUGCUGCCCCUCAGCAUGGAGCCCAAGAUCAAGCAGGAGAUCACCGAAGGGGACCUCAAGGCCAUCAUGACGGGGCCCGGCGGCAAGAAGACGCCCGCCAUGCGCAAGGUGCUCUACCCAUGCCGCUUCUGCAACCAGGUGUUCGCCUUCUCGGGGGUGCUGCGCGCGCACGUGCGCUCCCACCUGGGCAUCUCGCCCUACCAGUGCAACAUCUGUGACUACAUCGCCGCCGACAAGGCCGCGCUCAUCCGCCACCUGCGCACGCACAGCGGCGAGCGGCCGUACAUCUGCAAGAUCUGCCACUACCCCUUCACGGUCAAGGCCAACUGCGAGCGGCACCUGCGCAAGAAGCACCUCAAGGCCACCCGCAAGGACAUCGAGAAGAACAUCGAGUACGUAAGCAGCAGCGCGGCUGAGCUGGUGGACGCCUUCUGCGCGCCCGACACGGUGUGCCGGCUGUGCGGCGAGGACCUGAAGCACUACCGCGCGCUUCGCAUCCACAUGCGCACGCACUGCGGCCGCGGCCUGGGCGGCUGCCCCAAGGCACGCAAGCCCUUCGAGUGCAAGGAGUGCAGCGCCGCCUUCGCCGCCAGGCGCAACUGUGUCCACCACAUCCUCAAGCAGCACCUGCACGUGCCCGAGCAGGACAUCGAGAGCUACGUGCUGGCGGCCGACGGCGGGGGCCGGGGCGGCCUGGGCCCCGCCGAGGCGCCCGCCGCCGCCGCCGCUGCAGCCUCGGCGCGCGGCGAGGAGGGCGACCGCAAGCCCCUGGCCGCCUUCCUGGAGCCUCAGAACGGCUACCUGCACGGGGGUCCCAGCCAGCCGCCGCCGCCGCACGUCUCCAUAAAGCUGGAACCGGUCAGCGGCUUUGCCGUGGACUUCAACGAGCCCCUGGACUUCUCCCAGAAGGGCCUGGCCCUGGUGCAGGUGAAGCAGGAGAACGUGUCCUUCCUGUGCCCCUCCUCGCUGGCCGCCUACGACUGCUCCAUGGAGCCCAUCGACCUGUCCAUCCCCAAGCACCUGCGCAAAGGCGACAAGGACGCGGCCGCCCCCAGCGAGCCCCCGCGGCCCGAGCAGGAGGCCGGCAGCGCCGAGCGGCACUCGCCCUGCCCGCCCUCCGGCCUUCCGCCGGCAGCCCUGGGGCCCGGCGGGACCCUGGAGAGCCCGGCGGGGGCCGCGGCCGCCAGCGCCCCCGAGCCCCACGCACAGCAGCCGGUGCAGGCUUCGGUGCAGCUCGCCGUGCCCAUCUACUCGUCGGCCUUGGUCAGCAGCUCUCCGCUGCUGGGCAGCCCUGCGCUCCUGAGCGGCCCCGCCCUGCUGCGACCCCUGCGGCCCAAGCCCCCACUCCUCUUGCCAAAGCCCCCCGUGGCCGAAGAGCUGCCCCCGCUGGCCUCCAUCGCCCAGAUCAUCUCGUCCGUGUCCUCGGCCCCGACCCUGCUGAAAGCCAAGAUGGCAGAGCCUGGCGCCGGCAGCGGCCCAGCCGUGGCUGCCGAUGGCCCUGCGGGCUCCGCACCCAAAGCCGCCCCGGCCCCCGCGGCCCCAGUGGCCCCCGCCACCACUGAUGGCGCCACGAGCCCCGGAGAGGCCUGCGACCCGCUGCCAGCGGCCAGCAGCCCAGAGGCGGCCUCGCCCUCAGAGCAGGAGCCUGCGGGCUCCUCCAAGAAGAGGGGGCGGAAGAGGGGGCUGAGACCCCGGCCCCAGGUCGGCUGCGGCGCGGUGGACCUGGACUCCAGCGGGGAGUUCGCCAGCAUCGAGAAGAUGCUGGCCACCACGGACACCAACAAGUUCAGUCCGUUCCUGCAGACCGCGGCGGCGGCGGCGGAGGACGACGCUGGGGAGGAGGCGGCCGCGGCCCCCGGCGACCCCCAGGGACCCAGCGACGAGGAGCAGGCUGGCCCCGCCGAGGACAAGCUGCUGCGGGCCAAGCGCAACUCAUACGCCAGCUGCCUGCAGAAGAUCAACUGCCCGCACUGCCCGCGCGUCUUCCCCUGGGCCAGCUCCCUGCAGAGGCACAUGCUCACACACACAGGUCAGAAACCCUUCCCUUGUCAAAAAUGCGAUGCCUUCUUUUCUACCAAAUCUAACUGUGAACGCCACCAGUUGCGCAAACACGGAGUUACCACCUGUUCCCUGAGAAGAAACGGGCUUAUUCCCCAGUCCAAAGAGAGUGAAGUUGGAGCCCCUGAUAGCACAGACAGCCAGUCAGACACUGAGACGCCGACCCCCGCCGGGGAGGUGCUGGACCUCACCUCCCGCGACAUGGAGCAGCCGCCGCCUCCGGAGGCCAGCGAGGACGCCGCAGCCGCGCAGGCCCAGGCCGGGCCGGCAUCGCCGGGCCAGGGCGGAGAGAAGGGGGCCGAGGAGAGCCAGGCGCCGGGGGACGACCCCGAGGAGAGCCGGGUGCCAGGGGACGGCCCCGAGGAGGACGCGGGCAGCAACAAGAGCCUGGACCUGGACUUGGCCAGCAAGCUGAUGGACUUCAAGCUGGCUGAGGGCGAGGCGGGCGCCGGGGGCUGCGGCCCGCAGGACCACAAGUACGCGUGCGACGCCUGCGGGAAGAGCUUCAAGUUCCUGGGCACGCUGAGCCGCCACCGCAAGGCGCACGGCCGCCAGGAGCCCCGGGACCCGCCCGCGGAGGGGGACUCGCCGCCCGCGCCCGAGGAGAAGGCCGCCGAGCCCCCGGCCGCGGAGCCCGGCCCGGGCGCGGGGGAGGCCCCGGCGGUGGCGGAGCAGCCCAGUGAGGAGACCGAGGGCCCCUCGGACGGGGAGGGCGCGGCCGAGCAGAAGUCCUCGGAGAAGAGCGACGACGACAGGAAACCAAAGACGGACUCGCCCAAGAGCGCGGCCAGCAAGGCCGACAAGAGGAAGAAGGUGUGCAGCGUGUGCAACAAGCGCUUCUGGUCGCUGCAGGACCUCACCCGCCACAUGCGCUCCCACACGGGGGAGAGGCCGUACAAGUGUCAGACCUGCGAGCGGACCUUCACCUUGAAGCACAGCCUCGUUCGGCACCAGCGCAUCCACCAAAAAGCCCGGCGCGCCCAGCACCAGGGCAAGGACAGUGACAAGGACGAGCGGGGGGACGAGGACAGCGAGAACGAGUCCACCCACAGCGGCAACAACCCGGUGUCGGAGAAUGAGGCCGAGCCGGCGCCCAGCACCAGCAACCACGUGGCCGUCACCCGGAGCCGGAAGGAGAGCCUGGGUCCCGGCGGGAAGGAGAAGAGCGGGGGCCGGGGGCCCGAGCAUGACCGGGGCAGCCCCAAGGAGCAGGCGUCUCCGGGGGACCCCGGCCCCCAGAGCCCAGAGUCCCUGGUGCAAGACCUACUGGAGCUGCGCGACAAGCGGCCCGCCCCCGCCCUCCUGGGCACGGAGUGACCGCCGCCCGCCCCCUCCGCGCGUGCACACACACACACACACAAGCCAGCAGAGCAAAGCAUCCCGAGCCUGGCCUCCAGAGGCUUCCUCUGCGCCCUCCGGCUGCCAGGGAGCGAGAGCGACCAGCAGGUGCGUGGCCGCGCCAGCAGUGCCAUAGCCCUUCCCGCGUGCCCGCGCCCACACCAGUGCCUUAACUACUUGGGGAGCCUCCCGCGUCGUCUUGGGCCUUGUGUUUUCCCAAACCGACUUUUUAACAAAGUGCGUAUUUUAAUGAAUUGCCUGGAGAGGACCUCUUCCUUUAAGCAUUAACGUUACCCUUUGUGACCGGGGUGUGUGAGCUGGUUCUCGGGAAUCGCCGCCCGUGCCCCUGGCUCCGUGCGCUGGAGACGGGAGAAGCCGAGCCCGCGGAUGCCACAGCCGACAACUGGAAGAAGAAGAUGUGAAUUUCCCGUGAGUGACCUGAGGAAGGGCCGAGGAGACGCUCCGCUCCCGCACGCGCCCCUGUCUGUCCGGGGUCGCGUCUGCACGUGCUGGAGCUGCAGCCGGGUCCUGGGCGGUAGCGCAGGCGGCUGAGGGAGGCUCCCACGUGGCUCCAGCCAAAUCCGGGAGAGAUUCCAGCCUCAGCCUCCUGCGCGGCCCCGCUCUAGAAGUGGCUCUGGUUCAAGUUUUCAAGACAUCCGCCUCCCACUCGCGGAGAGUGGCUGUCCCGGCCACCUGCCGCCCGGGAGACAGGCCUGGGCGUCCUGCGUUCGGCUUCCCCCCUCCCCUGUGGUGUAUGUGUUGUUAAUAAUAUUAUUAUUAUUAUUAUUUGUAGUUUGUCAGUUUGCUGGUCUCUGCAGUCAGCAGAAACAAGUGGGCAAUAUUUGUCCUGGGAGACCUGCACCCCCCCAGGUCCCCCGUAGCACGUGCCUGAAGCUGUCGCCGGCACCCCCGGGGGGCGGCUCUUCUACUGUACUCACAUAAGCCUUUCUUCCCUGACUGCAGACGCCAGCGCAGGGGCGGCUUGGAGAGGGGAGCCCGCCGCCCGGUCCCCUUCCUGCCCAGCGCGGCCUAGGCCUUGCGCGGCUCUGCGGCCGUUGCGGGCUGGCCAAGCGUGGAAUCACUACUGCUGAUAAAGCCACACGUGCGAGGGUUAGGAGGAGAGAGCUAGCCCCUUAGCUUCCUCCGACGCGCAGAGAUCCACCUGCCGUUUCUCAUUUCCUAAGUGGAACCGAACCCUGCGGUAUAGGUGCCCCAGCGCAGCUGCCUGCAGGCAAAAGCAAUCAGUCCUACUGUAGCUGACCCGAGGCCACGGCCCCCUGUGCCCGCCCCUCCCCAGCCCCUCCUGGUUCCAGGCGCCCCUCCUGUGCUUGUAUCCGUGCACGCGAAGGUACGCGUGUCCCUCUCCCCCUUGCUCACGGGGUCAGCCUGGUGGCAGGGGCCCUGAGGAAGGUGGAGACGCUUAGAGAAUGGAAAGCAUCGUCUCGGCGUGCAGAAGGCCAACAAGGGACAGAGCUGGCUUUGACCUGUAACGGGGAGGCACGAGCCAGUUCCUGAACGGGCUUCCAUUUACCGUGGAGGCAAGUGCAGGUGGCAGCCGCUGGCCCCUUGGUCUGUUUAGGUAAAACCAGUUCCCGCACCCUUGUGGUUUCUCUCUAUUGUUACUACAGUUGUUCUUUUCGUUGUUAUUUGGGGUUCCUUGUGUUCUGUCUCUCUCCCCGACUCUCCACGCCAGACCCGCAGUGCCGUGGGGAGGAGCCGUGACUAACCAGGCCGCGGUGAGAUGUAGCAGGAAUCGCUCCCAGCAAGCCGCGCGGCCGGGGCUGCCGCCGCAGUAAUCGCUAUGGAGUUAAAGCUUUAUUUAGCCUUGAUCUGUGCCCCCGCCCCCAUAGUAAGGUCUUGCCACAUUUUAUUAGUGAGGUUGAGAGAUGUAUUACUUGUUUGUUGUUCGCAUCCCCUCCCCCAGUAUUAAACUGUGAAGUUUGUGAUUUGUUUAAACUCUGGGUGAAUCGUAGCUUACUUUGCAUGUCCAGCUAAUUUGUUUCCAUACAUUUUGUUUGAUUCUCUCUCUCCUUCUCUCAGGGCUUUUACAAAAAAAAAUACAUAUAUAUAUGUGUGUAUAUAUAUAUGGAUCUUCUGAAAAGUUUUUUGAGGUGCAAGUUUUUUUUUCUUUUUUUUUUUUCUCUUUGAUUAAUGGACACGAUGCUGAGAGUCAAUCACUACAGGAACCGCCUGGCUGUGAGAGCGAAGCCCCCAGGCAGGGCUGUCCCGCACGCAGCUCGGAUGCCCGUUCAGAAAGAUUCGUCAGACGUUCGUCUCUUUCCUCUCCCCUCUCUCUUCAAGAAGGAAGUUGAUCCUAUUGAUUUCAGCCCAUGCAUUAAACAGGAAACAAUAAUAAAUGUGUAGAAUUCAUAUUUUUCUAAAGGGAACUUAAAAAACUGCUGCUACACGUUAUGUACAAAACUGGUUUAUGCCACAUGAACAGAGAAUCACAAGUUUGGUUUUGGUACUUUUUGUUCCUCUUUGUAUUCAGUUGUAUAGAACUUCCAGAUUCAGAAUGAAAAGAAAGCUGUUCUGUAUCAAACCAUCUAAAGCAAUAAAUGUUAUAUUUUAAAAACGG